AUGGCUCAAAAGGAUGAUUUUAUGAAAAGAAUAGCAAGUGAACGGGCAGAGCGUCAUCUUCUAUCCAAAAAAACCGCCGCAGCGGUAAAGAUUCAGGCUGCAUUUCGGUCUUAUAAUGUACGCAAGCAACUUUUUACUCGCCUUCGUGCUGACUUCGAUGCGGUUGGAAAAGUAGAAAAUGUUGAACUCUUGGACGCUCAAAUCGGAAAACUGUGUUUCUUUUUCAACCGGCAACGAGAUGUUAAAAGAACGAUUUCUCUAUGUAGUGAUGCUUUGCCUUUGUUUCGGCAGGCGAACGGUGCUCUGAGAUCUUUGCGUUGUCAUGAACUUUUGAUUCGUGCCUUGUAUGCUUUACACGAAAUCAACCGAGAUUUGCCUUAUACACCGCUUCUACGAUUUAUUGAAGUUUCUUUAACCGAAACGGAUUGCAUUUCAAAAGGAUUCUGUACAAUUUAUUAUGAGGCAAUUCUGUCCUUAUUUAUUAAUAAUUUUGGUCUUCCAGAACCGCUCGAAGUAAAGGAAUGCUUAUUGCCUCGCGCAGAUUCAGUUUUACAUUUUCUUCUUCUGCCAGUCAAAAUAACUCAAUCUUAUAAUGCAAGGGGUGAUUUGGAUUUUUCACUGGUUAUUAACUCCUUCUUACCAGAGGAGGAUUAUGACACUUUAGCGACGUCACAAAUCAAUCUUUUGGCUUAUACUUUAUCAGUUGUGGCAAGUUCAGGGAAAGUAGAAUCGCUGGAAAAAACUAACCAAAAAUUACUUUUGUUUGCUUUCGCUUACUUUACCAGGCGUAUUUCUUAUAGUGAGAACGAGUCUUCCAGUUUAAAAGAUAUGGAAGUUGAUUCAGACCCAGAUGAUGAAGAAUUUGUCAGGGUAAAAAAUGUUCCCCAACCAACUACUCAUUGUGUCGGUACUUACGAUUUCUUUAUGCACCGCAUAUCGACAGCUUUGUCAUCGAGAGAACUACGGACUUCUUUUGUUGAAUCAGCAAUGAAUUCCGACGAAAGCUGUUCCCGUUUGGCUUUAAUCGUGGAUUUCUUGCGCAAACAUGAUUCGGUGUCUUGUGCUAUGUUUCUUAACGCCUUAUUAGUUCAUCGGAACUUCGUGGCUCGAUUGUGGAAUAACAUAACCUCUUUGAAGAGCAAAUCUCUGUUUAGCUCAUCUCAGACACUUUUGAGUAUCCUUGAGAAAGGCAAAUGUAUAUCUGAAUCUGAUGAAGCCCUGUUGAUACCGAUGCUAUCUUUGUUUGUAAAUCUUUUUGCUAAUGUGAUGACCACCACUGACGACGACGACUUCAUGCAUGGUAGCCCACAGGGUUCCUUGUUCCCGCUAACUGUAGAGGAAAGUACUCGUAUGGCUAAACAAUUCAGAAACUUGACCCUUGGGCUGAUCGACAUGGCUUUCCCGAUCACUUCAAGCCGUAUGUCUGCAACUCGUGUACAACCAUCUUUGAAGAACUUAAAAUGGGCUGAUGUAUUCAAGCAGGUAACGGCAGUAACAAAAAUGUUUUAUGAACGUGAUUGUCGUCUUCACUUCAUGGAGCCAAAUUACUGGUCCACUCACGAAAAACAAGUAGUUCGAGUAGUCAUCAGCUCGUCGUUUUGGCCAGGAGGGCAGAGACGACGCAGAGUGCGAGGAGGGCCGUUUGACUUUGUUAGGUUGAUGCUUAAAGAAGAAAAUGGUGUUGAGGAGGAUGAGCCCCCAUCUGCAGUUGAGCUCCGGAAUAUAUCCAUUCUUUUAGCGAUACCUUUUGUCUUGCCCUUUAUCCAACGUGUUGAGAUGUUCACUGAAGUAAUUAUGCGGAACAAAGCUCAAACUGGUCACGACUCUUUUAGCCGCGAAUCUUAUCAUGUAACGGUUCAUCGUGAUUCCAUUUAUGAAGAUGCUUUUGCAGCACUCUCACCAGCAAAAGCGCCGGACUUGCGUAAUGCCUUAAGAGUUCAAAUGAUUAACUGGUCUGGUUUGAACGAGGCUGGGAUCGACGGAGGUGGCAUAUUUCGAGAGUUCAUGUCAGAGUUGUUGCGGACAGUCGUCGACCCAGCCCAUGGAUUUUUUGCGAUUACGCACGAUCAGAUGUUGUAUCCUAAUCCGCUUGCCAUGUCGUUGUAUUGCGACUUCCACGAUCACUUUUAUUUCAUCGGCCGUAUUAUUGCUAAGCUGAUCUACGAAGGCCUUCUGGCGGACUUGCGUUUUGCUGACUUUUUCAUACUUCAGUGGCUCGAUCCAUGUGUGAACGGGACAUUGGAUUUGGAAUAUGUGAGGUCUUAUGACCCUCUUGUCCACGCAAACUUGAAGUAUUUGAAAUAUUGCUCACCUCAAGAAGUAGAAGCAUUGGAGCUAGAUUUCAGUGUUUUAGUUGAUGACCUUGGAGUUACAAAGAAGAUCACUCUUAAAGAAAAUGGUGACGAAAUCAAAGUUACUGCUGAAAACCGUUCCGAGUAUAUUGCAUUAUAUGUCAACUACUUCUUAUCAAAACGGAUAAAACCGAUGCUGGCGGCUUUCCUUGAUGGGCUUAGAAGUGUUAUAGACGUAGAAUGGCUUAGAAUAUUCUCCCCUGCGGAAAUUUCAAUGUUGAUAGGAGGUGUUGAUUCCGAAGUUGAUUUUGAAGAGUUACGGAGGUUUACUACAGUGCAUAAUAUACAAUGUAAGAGAAGGAGGAAGGGUACUGCAAAUACAAAAGGUUUGUAUAUUUUAGCUGAUGAUGACAAGCUGUACAUCGAAUCUUUUUGGAUGGUUCUUAGUACCUUCUCGAGUGCGGAGAAAAGAGAAUUUUUAAAGUUUGUUACUGGAUGUCCAAGGCCACCAUUAAUGGGCUUCAAAGCAAGUCAUUUUGAGUCUCUUACCUUAAAUGAGUGCACAUUUAUAUUCAAGGCUUUGAAUCCGCCUAUGGGGAUACAGCUAUUACACCAGGAGGUAGACAGGCUCCCCACGGCGGGAACAUGCAUGAACCUUCUGAAGCUGCCAGUGUACCCUCAGUUUGAAACCCUUAGAGAGAAGUUGCGCGUCGCCAUAAAUGCUGGUGCGGGCUUCGAGCUCUCUUAG